CGCAGUUCAACCGGUGCGAUCGGCGAUUGUCACGCGCUGUCCGCGAUCGAGGAAUGCUGUGGUACCAGGGCGACGACGACGAUGAGGAGGACCUCAUGUUUUCCCCCGCUUUGCUGGCCAGACGGGCUUCGGAGAGCUGGAUCGACACGCCACCUGUUGAGAACCUGGUGACGCAGACCACCCUGCAGAGGAAGAAGUCCCUGCCCGACGUCCAAGACUUACCCAGGUCCACCGGCGCUAUGUCCAGGGAGGAGGUGUCCUACCUGGGGUCGGCGCGACGGGAGGAGGUCCGGAGGCAGCUCGACGAGCACGAGAGGCUCCGCGCCAACCCCCUGCUGUAUCUCGUCAGCCCGCAGGUCAAG